AUGGAAAAGGCGGAAAAGGCAGAAGAUCCUGUACUCAGGGUUUCUUCUUCUACGAGCUUCUACAUCUUCACUUCUUAUCUCUGGAGAAAUCAUGUUGAGAGCACGAAUCACGGUGGCGAACAUUAUUUUCUACCCUAUCAUCGUGACCGUCUUGUCUCAGCAGCAGAAGCCUUUGGUUGGACUGGUGUUACGACCUUUAUAGGUGGUGAUGGAGGCAUGAAGAGACUUUCAGGCAUUGUGGUGGACCAUCUCAAGACUGUCUGUGAAGAGGAACCUUCCUGCGCGAUGAGGAAGAUAAAAAUCUGCGUCUACAAAGAUAGCCGUUUCCACAUCGAAACCGCCGCCAUAACACCGACAGAUUCCUCUAAUGUAUUUUACUUGCCUACUAAUCUUAACGAAGUGGCUACUUUAAAUUGUCGUUGCCUCGUUAAGCUGGAUUUGGAAUCCACUCCUACGUCACUCUUUACUUCUCACAAGACUUCAGAGCGUAUUCCCUAUGACCGAGCGCGAGGAGCAGCAGACAUUGCCCACAAACCACCCACUACCGCAGAGGUCCUUCUGUUCAAUCCUCGUGGGGAGAUUACGGAGUGCAGCGUCUCAACGCCAUAUUUUCAACGUCAUGGUCGCUGGGUAACACCAUCCUUGUCCAGCGGAGGUAAUGCAGGCGUGACUCGUCGCCUGGCUCUGCAAAAUGGUCUCUGCGAGGAGCAAACUGUUUUCGUGGAGAGUCUCCGCCACCAGGAAAUCAUCUGGAUCAGCAAUGGAGUUCGUGGUUUCAUUCCGGCGACCUUGCUCCUGGAACCUCUGAGUUGA